CAAUAUACGUUCUUUGGCCGAGCUAUUUUCUCACACUCCAAUCCAGUAGAUGGCGGAAAAUGCACUUUGUACGUUUGGUUAAAUUCAUAGAUGAAGAAGUUAUCUCCGACUUUUGGGUCCGGUGUUUAUUUUUUUAUGAAAGUAAGGAUCUGUAAACUUUUCCGUCAUGGUCGUAAGUUGCGCUGUAUGAAGUAAAUUUUUUUUAGUCGAGGGCGUUUAAGUUGCAUGCUAACGUAAAAAUGUCUAAAUCUCUAUCGUUUCGGUUUCAGUUGAGCUCCAUAAUGGAGAUAAUGACUAAAACAGCAAUAGAAGAAAUAUGUAAAAUUGUAGAAAGCGAUUUCACGUUACUACGACAAGAACUGUCAUUCGUCAUGAGUGAAAACAGAGUCCUCAAAGACAAAAUGCUUUACGUGGAGAAUAAAAGAGAAAGCACGCGCAUCACAAAAGAAGAAACAGCUUCCAAAACAUAUCAGUCUACUUGUGUUCAAACAGAAGCAGAAGUGAAGCCCUCCAUCAAUGGGAUAUUUGGGAAGGAAUGGUGCACCAGUUUGUGGGAUCAGAAGAUCCAGUCAACAGAAGAUGAGCUGCCUGAUGCUGUUGACAUGUAUACUGAAUCACAAUAUAAGCACAAAGAAUCAAAUGACUCCAUCCAACCCCUGAUUAAAGAGGAGAAAAGAUCUGAAGAGGACACAUAUCCAAACUAUGAAGGUAAUGUAUCAGAAGGACUUUUAUUAAACUCUUCUGUGUGUGAACCUUCGUCAGACCCCAAAAAAUAUAACCAGCCCUUUGAAUCUGAUGAAAUCCAGAGAACAGCUUUUGAUUCUUCAGAUGGACACAUCAUAAAAAACACAGUUAUUGAUAACGCUGUCGAACAGUUAAUGGCACCCAUCGAAGACCCUUUGAUAUUUGAUGAUCACGGUUUACUCGACACAUUUUCAGUGGAGCAAAAUGUCCCACCUCCAUCUGAGACCCAAAAGGAUGAAACAUUACAGGAACACAUUACAUGUCCAGAUACAGCAACCACUCCAGAAAAUGAUAAAGGCAGAUUUAAACUACACAACUUGGAAAAAAAGACUGUGAAGCCUAAAUUAAGUUGCUAUGAAGGAAAGAUGUGUCUUCGGCCAAAUGCCACUAAACGCAAAGUUACAAAACACAAGCAGCAGCCUCCAGUUAAGCUUUCAAAGUCGAAACCAAAUGAAAGGUAUCAUUGUGAGAUUUGUGGGAGAGGAUUCAUUAGCAAAACUAUCUUAAAAACUCACUCUGUGGUACACACCGGGGAAAGGCCCUAUAAAUGCAGUUUUUGUGGGAAAGGGUUCUCACAGGGAGGAAAUUUACAAAUUCAUGAACGCAUUCACACAGGAGAAAGACCUUUUAAGUGUGACACCUGUGGAAAAACUUUCACCAAGAAGUUCUGCCUACAGAAUCAUGAACGCAUCCAUAGCGGAGAAAGACCUUUUACUUGUGACACCUGUGGAAUGACCUUCACCCAGAAAACAACCCUGAAAAAACAUUUAGUUGUCCAUAAUAAAGCAACAAAGAUGAAACAAAUGAAAUCUAAAUAAAUUUAUAGAAACACCUUUCUUUUUGUUAUUUCCGAUUUAAAUUUCAGUUGCAUAUUGUUUUUGAUUACAAGUAUUUUAGUUUCUUAUCCAUUCACACUGAAGACAGAAAGCGACCAUUGAGAUAAUAUGUAAACAUGGUCUUAGUGUUAAAAUUUAUGAAUGCAGUUUUAUUUAUACUAAAACUAAAUUUGUUAGAUACUACUGACACCUAGAGGUCUUUAUUUGUGGACACAUGAAAACAUUUCACACACUACAUCACAUUGAUGUGUGCCUAGUUUUGUAUUGUACAUUUUUUUAGGAGUUAUUUGCAUGACAAUGGAGGCUUCUUGGAAAAAGUACUUUAGUGGCAAAUCAGUGUGUGACAAAUAAACUUACUUGUUUAUGUUCAA